UUGAGGAUCCUCGGAGGUCGUGUGAUGCGGCGUGAUAACUUAGUCGGUUUCGAAUUACGACUGCUGGUCGGGGUACAACUUGAAGCUUGAAAUUUCAAGUAUAAUACAGGGUUGGUAAAGUUGCUAGGAUAUUUUUGUGGACAAUCUAAUGUGGACGAAGCUGCAUUUGGUUAUUAUCCUUCGCUUUGGGCCGUCAUGGGAGCAAUUUUCAGCUCGAACGAUAAAGUAGGACCCGUUGCAAUCGACGAAGUCCAGACUUACGACCGGAGAGCCUCUUUUGAAUCGAAUGACGACCAGUCGAAGUUCAAGAAGAGGGUUACGACAGACGUGUGCUCUCUUCUUUUUUUCACCACGUUUCUCAUAGUUUUGUUAUGCUUCGUGGGUUACUGUAUACUCGAUGGAGACAUUUAUCGUGUGAUAAAUGGUUACGACAAUUGUGGAAAUGUUUGUGGUAGAUCACGUCCUAUCCUGCGUCGCGACGAAAACAGGGAGCGAUGCCAAGAGACCAUCCAGACCUUUGGACCAUACCAUAUCCUGUUGAAAGAUUCUACAACGAAAACCGCGGUCAGGCUGUGUGUUUCGAAUUGCAGCGAAUAUGAAGGAUAUCGGAAAUUUUUCAACCGAUGCAUCCCAUACAAGAGCAAGACUGUCGUCAAUACGUUUUUCUCAAAGACCGGACUGAAAAACUUUUUCACCGAGGUUUCCGAGGAUUUUCAUUUCUGUUGGAGAGAAUUUGUUUAUUUGUGCCUGAUAUCUCUUGUACUUUCGCUCGUAAUCCUAGCUCUCUUUAGGUAUUUGGUAGGGUUUGUGGUGUGGAUAGUACUAAUAGGGGCUGUAGUAGCAUGCGUUAUAGGCACUAUAGUCCUGUGGAUGAUUUGGAAACAGGCAAAGGACUCCACUGAUAGAAUGUCAUCUAAUUCCAUACCAGACGUUGAUUCAAGAAAAACUCAAACGUACCUGGUGUUUGCUAUAGUAGCCACUGUGGUCACAGCAGUCAUAAUCUUGAUCAUAUUUGUGAUGCGGAAACGCAUCAAAUUGGUUGUUCAAUUGUUCGAAGAAGCAGGAAAGGCUUUGGCUGUCAUGCCUGUUCUACUUUUUGAACCAAUUUUGACUUUCCUGUGUUUGGUCGUGGUAGUUUGUCUUUGGUUCUAUUUUUGUCUGUGGAUAGAAAGUUCUGGGAUUCUGUCAGAAAAACGUCCCAUGGUGUACUACUAUGAGAAGGACACCCUGAUGAAGGUGACGAGGUGGUAUAAUUUCUUUGCCAUGUUGUGGAUGGCCCAGUUUGUCAUCGGUUGUCAGCACAUGGUCAUAGCUGGAGCAGUGGCAAAGUGGUACUUUACCAGAACUAAAUCCAAACUGGAUAGUCCUGUCUGUCAUAGUUUCUGCAACUUGACCAGGUACCAUCUGGGUUCUGUAGCUUUGGGUUCCUUUCUCAUAGCGACUGUGCAAUUUUUGAGGGUUAUACUGAAAAUCCUCGAGAAAUAUUUAAAGGGCAAACAAGGAAAAUGCGUUGAAGGUAUUUUGAAAUGCUGCCAGUGCUGCUUGUACUGUUUCGAAAAAAUACUCAAGUACCUUAGUAGGAACGCUUAUGUUGAAGUUGCAAUAUACGGAUACACUUUCUGCGAGGCUGGUCAGCAGGCAUUCAAAUUAUUAUCCUCGAAUCUCCUGAGGGUAGCUGCCAUCAACUCUGUUGGAGAUUUUGUGCUUUUUUUGGGCAAAGUAGUAGUGGUUUUAGUUACUGUUUUGAUAGGGAUAAAAAUAUUACAGAACAAAGAGGGAGUUCAACACAUUUGGGUGCCUCUGACACUGGCAGGGCUAUUUGCUUACUUGAUAUCACACUGCUUCAUGACCGUAUACGAGAUGGCCAUAGACACGAUAUUCCUCUGUUUCUGCGAGGAUUGUGAACAAAAUGACGGCCUUUCUAGACCCUAUUUCAUGUCCAGAGGCCUUAUGGAAUUCGUUGAUAAUUCUAAAAGGGCAUUAGACUUGCGUGAUUCGAGGAGGAAUAGGAGCGACAAUUUCCAGGAAGAAAUCAACACCGUAGCUGGCGACGUAGACAAAAAGCGCAGGCGCAAAGAUUAGUUUCCAGUAUUUCCAAAUUGUGAUGUAAUAUUUUUGUUUUUUUUGGAGUGUAAAUGGCAUAGAUUGAAAGCCCUGCUUUAACAUAUAUUUUUAUAAAAUUUUUUAUUUAACUGCAACUUUUUGCGACACGUGUUUGUUGGUGCUCACGAUUGUGAUAUA